UUUUAGUAUAGCCGUGACUGUCGUUCAGUUAUAAUGGAUUAAUGGAGCCGCAGCCGAUGUUCCACUAACUAAUACAUCGUUAUAUCUAUAUACGUCAUAGCAUACAACUCCGACAACGGACAGUUAACAAACGAAGGCUGUAAAUUAGCCCAGUGACUUUGAAAACGUGUUUGCAACGCUUGAAAUGAUUUAAAAAACAACAACCGAAAUAACAAAAGCAUUUUGAAAAAAGAUGGACAAUAAAGGUACCAUUAACAAUGCGUUUGAGCUAGAUCAUACUGACCUAGAGAGACCAAAUCCUGAAUUAUAUAAGACUGAUUAUGAAGACUAUACAAAUGAUGAUGGUGCCAUUGAAAGAGAUCGAAGAGAGCAAGAGAACCAAAAAUGGCAUCGAUGGUUGAAAAUAGGACUUCUAUUAAUUUUACACAUUGCGAUUGUCGUAUACUUUUCCUAUGCCACAUAUCACUAUAAUGAUAUGAAAAACUAUCACUGCUAUGACUUUAAUCAGUCAGAAUGUGGCAUACGCUUUUGCUCUGGCUAUGGAAUGCUCGUCCUGCUCUUGGGAUUUAUCUAUAUCGGACUGUUCUACUAUCUGAUAUUUAAGCCAAAACUAGGACGUUUUUUGCAUACGAACUAUCUGCAUCCAGCGUCGCUUAAAUGGCACAAGUUCAGCAGAACACCAGUCGUUUCGUAUGCCUUAGUAGCAAUAUUGCUAAUACUUUUGGUCACAUUUCUGUUCUUCGAGACGAAGGAGGAGCCCAAAAAGUUGAUCGCUUUGACGGCGCCCUGUUUCUUCAUAUUCUGCGGCUAUAUCUUCUCCACGAAACGCAGCGCCAUCAAGUGGCGCAUUGUGAUCACUGGAAUCACCUGUCAGUUUCUGUUGGGCGUCUUAUGCAUACGGUGGGAGGUGGGUCGCCAGAUCUUCGAGUGUCUGGGCAAUAAGGUGGCCACUUUUCUGGACUAUGCCACUGACGGGGCACGCUUUGUCUUUGGCGACUUUCUCAUCGAUAGCUCGGUCUUCGCAUUUGCCGUACUGCCCGUGAUAUUCUUCUUCAGCUUCUUCAUAUCGGUGCUAUACUAUCUGGGCGCCAUGCAGUGGAUAGUCAUCAAGCUCGGCUGGAUACUGCAACAGAUACUGGGCACCACGGUCUGUGAGAGCGUCACUGCUGCGGCCAACAUCUUUUUGGGCAUGUCCGAGAGUCCACUGUUGAUACGACCCUACAUCAAUAAGCUGACCAAGAGCGAAAUACACAGCAUUAUGGUGUCGGGCUUUGCCACCGUCUCCGGCACUGUUCUUGCCGCGUAUUUAUCAUUUGGGGCAAACGCUGCCCACUUGAUCACCUCAUCCGUGAUGGCGGCACCUGCCACACUGGCCAUAUCCAAGCUGUACAUGCCCGAAACGGAAGUCAGCCAGACCUCAAGCGAUACCAUACAGUUGGAGAAAUCCGAGGAUUCCUCUUUGCUGGAUGCCGCUUCUAGUGGCGCCUCAAAUGCCGUGCCCAUUGUUCUGGGCAUUAUUGCCAACAUUGUUGCAUUUGUGGCUUUCGUCGCCUUCCUGAAUGGCGUUGUCGGUUGGUUAGGGUAUUUAAUUGGUCACGAAGUGGUCGACUUUGAGUGGAUAUUCUCCAAGCUGUUCAUACCGCUAGCUUGGGCCAUGGGCGUACCCUGGGAGGACUGCGAUAAUAUUGCCAAGAUUGUGGCCACAAAAACAAUUAUCAAUGAGUUUGUCGCCUACCAGCGGCUGGGCGAGUUGAUCACCCAAGAGAAGAUUCAAGUUCGCAGCGCCGGCAUUGCCACCUUUGCGAUUUGUGGCUUCGCCAAUCCCAGCUCCCUGGGCAUACUCAUUGGUUCCUUAAGCGCGAUGGCUCCCCAUCGCCGGUCCACUAUCACCUCGGUCGCCUUUCGGGCUUUUGUUGUGGGCAGCAUUGUCUGCUUUAUAUCUGCCAGUUUCGCAGGUAUUUUAAUUCAGGAUCAGAGUUAUGUCGUUAAUAAUAUUCUCGAAAAAGUGGGACAACACAACGUGACAAAAGUGUAGAUUUUUAGUCUAGCAAAUACAGGAAUUGGAGGAGCGCAAUGAAGAUGACCAGCCAAAGGAAGAGUCCCGAUCUUUAAGAAUAAUAAAAGUCAUUGCGCAUGUGCUUUUUCACAUA